GCAGGCUGCAGAUCUCUCUAGUCAAUUUCAUGCUGCAGGUGCAAUUGUUUCGAGUUACUGAUAGAUCAGUGAUACUUGCCCGGCGUCUUUGUAGCAUCUAUCUCCUCUUCCUUAUGUUUUCCAUUUAGACAUAGUGCCUUUACUGCUUACCUUUACAUUUGGUGUGCACUGUCUGAGGGUGUCUCAUCCUGCAGUCCGCCUGGCUUCGCAGUGCGUCUUAAAGAAACAUUACUUUUUUGUCUUUCUUUUUGAUCCUGUUCUGUCUAUUUGAGUGGAUUACAUUUUUAAUGAAAGGGUUCUUUGUACAUCGACGCAUUUCAUAUUAUGAUUAUAAGAUUAUCGUUUAACCCAUAUGAUUAGGAGAUGGACGUAUAGCCAACUGUUUGAAGAGGAUCGUCGUACAAUCCGUUUAACUCUUUGAAGCUGGGGGCACGACUGACACAGGUUGGAAGAUGUUUUUAUCGAAAAUAAGAUAUUCAUCAACUGGACUGAAGAAUAUCGACACAUUUCUAAGUUUCUAAACCAAAGUUGGAGGUUCUGUAGCUUGCAAUAAACGAGAAUGGAUUCAAGGUGGAUUUACACGAUUUUAAAGGAUUGCUUCAUAAAUAGGGAUUGAACAAGAAUGACUAAAUCCCCUUUUUGUAAAUCUUUUUCCUCGGAAGAUUGCAAAGGUGGAGCGAUCAGGGAAGGCUGAUGACGGACCUGUUAAUCCUUUCAGUGCAUCAAAAGCACCAAAAGGUCUUGGAAACGUUUGGAUGGAAAUCGGGCGAAUGUUUAGACCUGGUCAUAGUUUUAUAUGAAACUGGUGAUUAGUUGUUUUUUAAACCGUGGAAUUCGUUUUUUUUUUAUCAUUAUUAUUUUUUUUUUGGUUUUUUUUUUGUUUUUCCUUCUCCCUAAUGUGUGUUUUUCAGGUGGUGUAGUAAUGAUCGUUGUUAUCCAUUCUUGAAUUUUCUAAUCUGUCAAUCCUUUCCACUUGAAGUAUUCCUGUAUCUAAAUGGAAUUAGUUGAGAUUGAAGCCCCUUGUAAAAGGAACAGACAUGGUACAUGGGCACAGUUUGCUUCACGUUGUUGCAAGUCUCAUCAUACUUGGGUUGUCUGGGGCAACAAAGAAGGGGGCAGAAAAAGCAAACAUCCCAGGAGCAGCUCAAUGUGGCACCUGGACAAAGAAUCCCGAAGGGGGCAUUUUCACUUCACCCAACUACCCCAACAAAUACCCUCCAGACAAAGAGUGCGUUUACAUUAUAGAAGCUGCACCCAGGCAAUGCAUUGAUCUGUUCUUUGCUGAACAAUAUUCCAUUGAGCCUUCAUGGGAAUGUAAAUUUGAUCACAUUGAGGUUCGAGAUGGACCAUUUGGCUUUUCUCCAAUUAUUGGACGCUACUGUGGUCAACAAAGUCCACCGUUUAUCAAAUCCAGUGGCCGAUAUCUUUGGAUAAAGUUUUUUGCUGACGGAGAAUUGGAGGCGAUUGGAUUUUCUGCAACUUACAAUUUCAUACCAGACCCUGACUUCAAAGACCUUGGGGCUCUAAAACCUUUGCCAUUUUGUGAGUUUGAAAUGGGAGGACCUGAGGGUAUUGUGGAAUCUCAGCAAAUCACAAAAGAAGGGAAAGCCUUAGAAACAGAGGCGGUUGACUGUAAAUGGUAUAUCCGAGCGCCACCGAGGUCCAAGAUCUAUCUGCGGUUCUUGGACUAUGAGAUGCAGAACUCUAAUGAGUGCAAGCGGAAUUUUGUGGCAGUCUAUGAUGGGAGCAGCUCUGUGGAAGACCUGAAAGCCAAGUUCUGCAGCACUGUGGCGAAUGAUGUGAUGCUGCUGACAGGGCUGGGGGUUAUCCGCAUGUGGGCUGACGAAGGCAGCCGCAACAGCCAUUUCCAGAUACUUUUCACAUCUUUCCAAGAACCUCCCUGUGAAGCCGAUGCAUUCUUUUGCCACAGUAACAUGUGCAUCAAUAACACUUUGGUUUGUAAUGGAGUUCAGAACUGUGUGUAUCCGUGGGAUGAAAACCAUUGCAAAGAAAAGAGAAAAGCUAACCUGCUGGAUAACCUCACAAACACCAGCGGGACUAUAAUAGGAGUAACCUCUGGCAUUGUCAUUAUCCUUCUUGUUGUAUCUGUUAUAGUUCAAAUCAAACAGCCUCGCAAAAAAUUCAUCCAAAGGAACGAAGACUGUGACCAAACAGUGUUUCAGGAGGUGUUUGAGCCCCCACACUAUGAACUCUGCACGCUCAGAGGAACGGGGGCCUCUGCUGAUUUGAUGGACAUUGCCGAUGACUUUGAGAACUACCAUAAACUGAGACGGUCUUCGUCGAAAUGCAUUCACGACCACCACUGUGGAUCUCAGAUGUCCAGCAUCAAGGGUAGCCGCAGUAACCUCAGCACGCGGGAUGCUGCUAUCUUAACUGAAAUACAGCCCCAACCUGUAAUCCCACCCACUAACAGGAGGAGCAUCCUGGUGAUGAAGCACAGCUAUUCGCAGGACGCAGCGGAUGGAUGCGAUCUGGAUGAAAUCGAAGAGGUGCCCACGACAAGUCACAGGCUCUCCAGGCAUGAUAAAGCGGUCCAGCGGUUCUGCCUCAUUGGGUCUCUAAGCAAACAUGAAUCUGAAUACAACACAACUAGGGUCUAAGAGACAAACUCAAGACUGCUUGAGAAUAGUGCAUUCGUCCUGGAUGAUUUCGAGCAAGCUUCAAUGAAAUAUGAAAAUAUGGACCGGGAAUAUACACCAGCAUGAUGUUUUAUGGACUUUUCUUAGUGGAAUAUUUUCAUAGUAUUAUAUAAUAUUAUAACAAUAUCAUUUACUCCAAUAAGAAUGGCAAUAAGAAGCUAUGACAUUUUAAAGCGAGAACUUAACAUUCAGGACAGAAACUUGAAUUCAGGUAUUUUGCCUUGAUUGUCACUUUUUUUUAUAUAUAUAUAUACAUGUAUUAUGCUGAUCACAAUGAAGAACAAGUAAUAUAACAGCUUCGUAUUUUGAUUAAGUAGACUGCUAAAUGGAAAUGUGUGACAAAAAAGACAACUUUUAAUAUUUGGAAAAAAGUAUUAUUUCAUGUUUUAUUAGCUAAAAAACUUGUUAAAAGCAUGCAAUUUAUAUUCCUGUUCUGUGCAACUAGGUAUACAUUAUAUUUUGUGUCCAAUGCCUGCUACCUGUAUAUUUCUAUGAAAUAUGUUACACUAAUAACUAUUAAUUACUAUACCUAUUUCUUUCAUACAUUUUAAGUUACCAGGCAAUAUAGCAUAAACUUUAAUAAGGUUCGCUCACAACUAUUGCUGAACAUGCAUUGCAUUUUAACAUCUAUACUAUUCUACUUGAAAGAAGAUCGUGUCCAUAUCGAAAUGAAAAAAGUUUGUCUGGUAAGAAAAGAAAGAAGCAAUUUAAAUGCAUGCUAAUAGGUGGUCCAACCAAAUUUCAAAUAUAAUUCAAUAGCAUACCCUUAUCUUCUACCACUAUUCAAAGUGACAGGAUUUUGCUCACAGAGGCAAAACUCAAAACUCAAAACAUACUGUAUGCAGGAUUUUUCUGUAAUAAAAUGUGAGAUUGCUUUAAAUUAAAUUUGGCUUUGAAGAAAAGUCAUUAUUUUGACAUAAAAUAUGUGAUUUAUAAUUUUAAAACACUGUCCUGGUGUUUACUGUCCGUGUUGUGUUUUGUGUUUUGUUCAUGUGUUAUUUGUAUACUUAUGCAAACUUUGUUUUCUUAAAAAAAACAAAAAAAAACUCCUAAAACAGAUGCUUUUAAACAUACAAAAUGCUUUGUAAAUAAAGAAAAAAAGUCACACGAUAUUCUUUUAGAAUUUUAUUUAUUUAAAUUUGUGUUCAUUUUGUUUUGUGUUUAUUUAGUUUAUUAUUUAUAUAUACUGUAGGUUAUACAAUACAUUUUUAUACAGUAGUAUAUCACUAAAUGCAUUUUCCAAUAAUUCAUCUACAUUGUUUACAAUGGGUAACAACACAUUUUUCCAUGGCAACAGCAGAUGUGUCAGUCUGCUCUGUAAGGAUCAGAUUCCGCGUCUGCACCUAUGUGGUGUAUAAUAUUGUUAAGAGCAACCCAACUAGUACUAGUAUUCCAAAUAGCAAUGAAACUAUGAAUCUCCCACUAACAGGUAUAGAAAGUAUAAUAGUGAUUUGUAAAAGGUAUAAUUUGAAUAGCUGGAAAAAAACAAACAUAUAAUUUUUGAACUAAAUGGCAUCCUGAGAUCAUAAACAUCUAUUGAUUCGAAAUUAUACAAACAUAAUUACCAUCCCAAUGUAACAGACAGCGUAUGAUUCACAGUGCCCCAGAGGUGAGACAAGGUCAAAACCUGCUAGAGCAAAUGCCUGGCUCUUUUGUACCAUGUACCAGGAUCGCCGUUUUGCCUACAGUCUGUAUACUGGUUAAGGUAUAUGAAGGUACAGUAUACUAAAACACAGGGCAACUGACUUUGCCAUGUGGAUGUCAGCAUAUGCUAUUUGUGUGUGUGUGAGGGAGAGUAUGCAUUGAAAUCAUGAAGGUGUGACCUGAGAUGUCUCCAGACAGUUAUGAGAAACUCUUAGUUACACCAGGGACUCGAUUCUCGAAUAUUGAUGCACCUACAUCAGGAAUUAGAUUGUCUCAGUCACAAUCCUGUUCAUGAGUGUUUCCCAAAUUGGCCUGUAAGCAUCAACAUAAUAUGUAAAAUAGACUAUAAUUAUCUAAAUAAAAAGUUCAUGUGGUCUUUCAAGUAAAAUAAGAAAGUAAAGAUCUGUAUUGUAUUAAAUGCUUGGGUCCCUCAGUAGCUCACUUGGUUAAAGCACUGCAGCGUGGUAUACAGUGAGUCAUAAAGACAGAGGAGCACAGGUUUGCAUCCUCACUGGGCAAAGUCGCUCGUUUCAAUGGGGAUUCCACAUGACAUUGGGGUUAGGGAAGCAAAACUGUCAAGGACUGUUUCUUCUCCUGGUGCUAGAGCGACCCUCUACUGGCCAGACGCCUGGUGGGCUCAAGCACCUACAGGCCAAGCCAUUGCCUUCCAGAAGCCAGUAGCUCAUGGACCUCUGCUCUUGAGUUCCUGGGUGUAAAGAAGCAAUUGGCUAGAACGUAAUUUUACAUUCUAAAUUAGGCAGAAAAUCGGUCACUCUAAAUUGAAAAAAAAGCAGCUCAGCUGAACAUUUUUCAUAGCUAUUUUAUAUUAUUUGUAAAAUGAGACACAUGAGUCCUCAUUUCAUUUCAAUAUCAAACUGGGGCUGUAGCCAGUUCUGUCUGCAGUUUAGAAUCUACUAUCCAGUCUGCAGCCGGACACAAAAGUCAAAGAUCACCUGUUGGUAUCAUGGUUUUGUAUUACUGCUAUUUAUUAAUUCAGUUAAAAAAUGAGUUUCCUACCAUUUGUUUGUCAGUGGGUAUCUCAUAGCCUGCUUGCAUUUGCAGAAUGGAUGUUCAGUACUGUUGGUAAGUCAAUGUGCAUACUUUUAGUAACACCCUGUGUCAAGUGUUUUGCUUGUAGGCAUAUGAAUGGGAUGACAAUCCUUCAUAAUGUUCAAUAGAAUGGGCUGACCACAAGCAGAUUGAGUACAGAAGCUGAGCUGAACACCACAAAGGUGUAGCACAUGCUGAAUUUACAAAGAAAGAACACAACAAUGAAAGUUAAUAUAUCUCUUUACUAUAGGAAAACUGUUUUCAAAGACAUAUUUUCUGCAUCCUAUAAUUACGUUCCUCAAUUUGAAAUAAUACACAAGGUUGUUUUCUGGAAUUUGAAAACUAUGUCAUGAUGUUAAAAUAGACUGCGUGCCAAAAAAUCAUCUUUUAAGAAGUGAUGCUUACAUUUUGAUUCUUACUGCAUACUUCAUAUUACAAUUAAAAAUGUGCGUGCCAAUAUUACCAACCUGGAACUGAAGCACAAUAUCAGCUGAUGCUAAACAUGUAGAGGUGCAGAAAAUAAGGCCAGUACAGUGCUCCCCCUUUGUAAUGCGGUACAGUCAUGGCUCCCAUUUGCCCCAUAAUGCCAUUACACUAACACAAGUAUUCUCGUUAUACAGCAGAACACAAACAGCACGGUCUCUUAACUAUGGCUCCCGACUACAGCGUUAUAAAGUGGAAACACUGCAUAACUUUAUUUUUACAUUAUUUUUACAUUUAUGACCACAUGAUAAAAAAAAAAUAGUCUUAUACUGUUAGCCUAUACAAUAGGGAGUUAGGAAGUUAGCCUAUACAAUAAAUACAACAUAUACUGUUCGAUAUAUAAUGGGUUAUGCAUUAUAAGUUUAAAAAUAACAUAACAUUAUUUAGUUGUAUGCAUACUUAACCAGUAGGUACUGUAUAUACCUACUGUAAUAAGCACUCUAACACAAACACUGCCCCUGUUUAUGAUGUUGAGAGCCUGAAGUGACGAAAUACAAAAACAGACCUAAUAGUGUUUUCAUUUUUCUACAGGCAGCGACAUCAGCAAACUGCGUCUUGCCAAGUAUGACAUCCAGUGGAAUUAACUCCAUCCUACACGAAAGAACUGCUGUUCUCUGAAAGUUUAAAAAUGUAUUGUGACCAAGAAAAAAAAAAAACUUUUUAUUGUGAUAUGCAUUUGAUAUGUUUUGCUAAACUUGAAGCCAACAUGUUGUGAUGCAGAUGUUUUAAUUACAGUUUCUUUUAGAUUUACUGGUAUGGAUAUUGCAGCCCUCUACAUUGGGUUCUGUCCAUUUUCUUCCCUUAACUGUCUGGCUGGUUGAGGCUGACAGAUAUUUACACUUUUUAAACUUGCAAUGCUUAAUUCAAUUUGCGGCCCUAUUAAGUCUUUCCUGGUUGCCCAGAUUGAUUUAAAACGGAUGUUCCCAUCACUGAUGGUGGUAAUUUGCAAAGGAUUUCUGAGUAAUGCCUGGAGUUGAACAUUACCAUCUCAUGUCAUCUCAGGACCAAAGUGAUUUAUUUUUACUCCAUCCCUAAGGAAGCAUUAAUCCAAGACUUAGUGGGCUGACUCUAAAACUCACUUUUCACUAUUCUAUAAUGAGCUGCAUCUGAAUGGAUUAAAGGUCUUAAAAUCUAUUUUACUACCUUGUAUUACAAUAAGCAACAUCAUCAGUGAUGCUCUUUUUUGUGUUGUUGAAUAUUUUCAUUAAAAUGAUUUUGUAACUCCAAAACGUCACUGAUUUGUUACUGAUUUGUGCAACUCCACUCCUUGGAAUCUGGUUCAUCUGGUAUUAGUCUCCCUUUCCUCUCUGGUAUCUCCUCUUAAAGUUAUUGUAGCUAGCAAAAUAAUUCCAU